UUCCGGUCGAUGGUGGUGAGUGAUUAGAGCGUGAUACAGAGGAGAUGGAAGGGGUGGAGGGAUCCUUAACGCUCCAUACCGCGUACCGCGGCCGCUCACGGGCGGCAUGCAAAACUACACACACACUCACUAACAGCUGACGGUCGUACGCGGUAAUUGCUUUUCGGUUGACACUGUGACACCUUCGCCACCUUUUCCCGCUGCCAAGUGUACGGUGAUGGUGGGUUUGGUGGGGAGAGCUCGGUGCAGCUGGGGUUUGGGAGCGUGCGAAUCGGUUUAGCAGCGUCCUAGCGCGCUCGCAACAUAUAAAAGCCGACCGCAGCGUGCUGAAUCGAUAUCAGUUUCGGUUAUCUCAUCAAUCAAUUAAUUUCCGCUCCCUCAAGCGUGCUUGUUUCCGCAGCAGCAAAAACCUUAUCGCCGCCUCCAUCAUGACGCGCACCGUGAUCGUCCUGUUCGCACUGGUCGCUGUGGUCGCUGCCGAGCCACCGUUGCGCUUCCGGCCCCGUGCCGCGUCCUUCGCUGUGCAGCGACCGAACGUACGCUUUGCCCGGCUGGAGGACGCACCGCCGGCAGCAGAGCAACCGGCCGGCUACCACUAUCCCAAGCCGAUGUCCGCCGGCUACCACUAUCCCAAGCCGGACCAAGCGUUCCCGCUGCCGGGCGAGGAGAUGCCACCCGCUUUCACCACCGAGCAGGCACCAGCCGCCGAGACGACGACACCGGUCCAGGAGGAGCAGUCGACAACGACGGAAUCGAGCGACACCAUGACUACCACUGCGGCUUACGAAGACUACGAAGAUGCUACUGGCGCCCCGGAACCGACGGCCGAUGAUACCAACGUGAGCGCUAAGCUGCGCCGCCGCCAGCAGCUUAACGCCCGCCGUCCUGCUCCCCUAACGCUGGUCAACCGGCCGAGCCAGCGUCUGGAGGAACUGCCUGCCGCCGUGUAUGUGGCUGACCAGGAGCAGCAGCAGCAGCAGCAGGUGGUACAGCAGCGUCCAGUGUAUCUCAUCAGUCUUCCCGAGUCGACCCUGCAGCAGCUCGUGUUGCUUAACAACGCGCAGCUUGCCGGGCUGCAGGUCGCUCCCCAGCCCACCGCCGUCUACCUGUCCGAGCUGGACUACAUCUACAAGAAGAAGUAGAACGCUCCCACCACCAUUCACGACACCAGUCUUCUAACUCUAGCACUCUACGGGUGCCCCAUACCGCUAGGAUUAGUAACGAUGCACCCUCGUCGGACCAAAGAUGCGUUCACUUCGCAGCGACCAUGGAAAGGCUCAGCCACACGUUACCGGUACACUGUAUAUAGAGCAAUGUAAUAAAACUUGUUACCACUCAUCAUUCAA